AUGGACUGACAGAGGGGCUGAGACUGGAGCCGAGGCCAGGGGAAAGCAGGAACCCCAGAGACCUUUGUAGAAGCUGGAUCCCCACUGCCUGUCCACACACGCUGACUUAAAUUACAGAGCUCCUUGGAUCCAGCUUGGAACGCAGUCCCUGAGCUCACAGGCCCAUGGAGACCUGCCCCGUCCUCCAGAGGGAGAGGCUGUUCCAUACGGGUGCCAAUGCCUACAGGAUCCCCGCUCUGCUCUACCUGCGGGAACAGAAGACCCUACUGGCUUUUGCAGAAAAGCGGGUGAGCAAGAAGGAUGAGCACGCAGAGCUGAUCGUCCUGCGCAGAGGUGGCUACGACGCAGCCACCCACCAGGUCCAGUGGCAAACUCAAGAGGUGGUGACCCAAGCUCAGCUGGAGGGCCAUCGUUCCAUGAACCCGUGUCCCUUGUAUGAUGAGCAGACUGGAACCCUCUUCCUCUUCUUCAUCGCCAUCCCUGGGCAGGUAUCAGAGCACCACCAACUCCAGACCAGAGUCAAUGUCACACGGCUGUGUCACGUCACCAGCACCGAUCAUGGAAGGACCUGGAGCCCGGUCAGGGACCUCACCAGUGCCACCAUUGGGAAGGCCCACCAGGACUGGGCUACAUUUGCUGUGGGCCCAGGGCACUGUCUGCAGCUGAGCAACAGGGCUGGGAGCCUGGUGGUACCUGCCUAUGCCUACCGGAAACUACACCCCAUCCGGGCACCUGCCCCCUCUGCCUUCUGCUUCCUCAGCCACAAUCAUGGGAGCACAUGGGAGAGAGGCAACUUUCUAUCCCAGAACUCGCUAGAAUGCCAGGUGGCUGAGGUCGGAACUGGGGCUCAGAGAGUGGUGUAUCUCAAUGCCAGAAGCUCCCUGGGAGCCAGGGUCCAGGCACAGAGCUCCAACGAUGGCCUGGACUUCCAGGACACUCAGGCAGUACGCAAACUCGUGGAGCCUCCCCACGGCUGCCAUGGGAGUGUGGUCACCUUCCCCAGCCCCAUCUUGGGGCCAGAAGCCUCUGAUGUGUGGCUUCUCUAUACCCACCCCACGGACUCCCAGAGGAGGACCAACCUGGGUGUGUACCUCAACCCAAGGCCUCUGGACCCCACAGCCUGGACAGAGCCCACCCUGCUGGCCACUGGCAUCUGUGCCUACUCGGAUCUGCAGAGCAUGGGGCACGGCCCUGAUGGCUCCCCACAGUUUGGGUGUCUGUAUGAAUCCAAUAACUACGAGGAGAUCGUUUUCAUCACGUUCACCUUGAAGCAAGCCUUCCCAGGCAUAUUUGGGGCCCAGUGAGCUUGCUGUGUGUAGGCCAGGGGCUUCCUUCCGCUUCAGGACACCCAUUUCUCGUUCCUUCUGGCACCGUCUGGACUUUCGAGGCUGCUAUUUCGGGUCCCUGAGGGUGCAGAGAACUCAGCCUCUUGGAUUCUUGCUGCUUGUCUUAUUCCACCCUUUGCAGUAGGUUCUAUUUUCAGCCCAGAAAUCAAAAGAGCCUGGCUGUCCCCAGGCCCUUGACAAGGAGGGCGGGGACAGCAUGCUCAGCAGCUGUCACUCUGUAAGUCGGCUGUCACUAUGCUAACUCAUCCUGCUUGCUCCCCCACUCCUAGCUUCUGUAUGGGUCUUAAUAAAUUACCCAAGCCAGCUUA